AUGUGGUACGACCCAAAUGCUCGUUCCCGAACCAUGACAGUAGGACAUAAGGUCCUUGCCCUGAAGCCUGUCAAAACAGACAAGCUACAGGCCUCCUGCGACACCUGGAAGAGCCAUUUGGUCCACUUAGGUGUCAUUUUAGAUUGCCUCAGAGCAGCCGGGCUGACUCUGAAGCCCGAUAAAUGUACCAUUGGUCGCUCAGAGGUCCAGUACCUAGGCCACCAAGUGGGCUACGGAAAGCAGUGGCCAGAGCCAGGUAAAGUUGAGGCAGUGGCCAACUGGCCCACUCCCCGAACCAAAAUCCAAGUGCUAGCAUUCCUGGGAACAGCCGGUUACUACCAAAGAUUUGUCCCCCUGACAGACCUGACCCUUAAACGACUGCCCCGACAGGUCCUGUGGUCCCCCAAGUGCGAAGCUGCCUUCCAGAGCCUUAAGUCUGCCUUAGUCUCUGCUCCAGUACUGGCAGCUCCUAUCCCCACCAAACGUUUUUCUGUCCACACAGAUGCCUCCAUGUUCGGGUUGGGAGCUGUGUUAAGCCAGGCAGAUGAAGAGGGGCAGGACCACCCCGUAGCCUACAUUAGUAGAAAGCUGUUACCCAGAGAGGUAGGCUACGCAGCGGUGGAGGAAUGUCUGGCCCUGCACCUCUGGGAUGUAGUUCACAAGGUAAUAUUUCUGCAAAAGGUCAUUCGGACCAUUAUCCAUAAUGCAGAGGAGGCUCGGGGCUCAUCAUUCUGGGGAGCAGUCCAAGUGUCCAACUUCCCAUCCGAGGAGACAACCUAUGAAGAAGAGGAUAAAAACAAGAGAAGAAAUAAAGUGUCCCUUGCAUUUGAUACGAAGGUGUUCAAAAGUCAGUAUGAGUUUACCUUUCCUGAAAAGGCCAUUGAGGUUGCCCUGCUCAGGCCGGAAGAGAGAUCGGAACAGGACAUUCGCUUUAUCCGCAGCAUGAUGAUGGGAAUCCUGAGCUUUAGGAGAUACAGUACCCAGAUGCAGCUUAUGCUGGCCAGAGUUGUCUAUUACCGGAGGUUUGGACGUGGGAGGAUUGUUGUGCGUAAAGGACAUCGAGGGGACAGUUUCUACUUUGUGUUCUCUGGGGUCAUUGCAAUCACUCAAGAUGAGGAUGGUAGCAGUGCCCUCUUGGACCCAGAGCCCAUACUGCUUCACAAAGGAGCCAGCUUUGGGGAAGUGGCUCUUCUAAAAGGCCUGAGACGAAAUGCUACAGUUAUUUGUAUGGAAGAUACAGAGUUUCUAGCAGUGGACAGGGAGGAAUUCUUCAGAAACAAACUGGACAAAGAGCUUAAGAAGGAGCUGGAGUACAGAUUCAAUUUCUUCAGGUCUCUCGACUUGUUCUCCAGCUGGUCAGAUCAGUCCCUGGAAACACUGGCAGACCACUGCAAGACAGAAGAGAGUCAUCACAGCCAGGUCAUGGUGAAUGACACCAGCGAGACAAAAAAUAUCAUCUUUGUCACAAAGGGUCGCUGUGAAGUUCUGCGCUUGGUUGACCUCAGUCAAUGUCCUUCCUUCCUGAAGUGGAUCAAACAGCAUGAAACACUGCUAGGGAGACCGAUGCUCCCUCUGGAGAAAUCAAUCUCCAAAAUUCACAGAACAAAGGAGGACGAUGAAAACAAUGAGAGCAGAAGCUUCAGCGCUGAGCAAAUCAGGAUCUUGGCGAAUAGGGGUUUCUUAUCUGCAGAGGACAUCACUAUGAGGAACCAGUUUCCCGUGUCCUCUGCUGUAGUUCCCAGGAGUCUUGAAGUGCCAAAAGGACUUGUAGCUGCUGUCUACCUGCGAAUAGACUCCCUCCGGCCCGGCCAGUACUUUAAAGGUGUGGAUGUGCAUUAUAUUGAGUCCUGCUUAGAGAGGGACGGCCGGCCGUUACAGGAGCCACCUCUCCUCCCUACAUUAAAUCAUCGGGAUCCCAGGUCAAUGGUCAUUAUCAGUCAGGGGGCAGAGGUCAUCCGCAUCAGACUGGACAAAUUCUCUGAACUGGCCGAUGUCACCACUCUGGAGAAACUCAAAGAACAAAUUAUUCCAUACCCCAGUGACAAUGAGCUCUGCAGGAUCUUCUUGCAACAGAACAGAUGGAAAGUGUUUAAAUCGGACCUUGUGAGUCAUUUGAGCUCCAGCCAGUGCACUCAUCCAAAAGUGCAUCAAAAACAUCCCUCAACUCAAGCCAAGGCAAGACCAUGCAAUAAAGCUGCAGACAGAACAGGGAUCCUACAGCUGGGUACUCAAAACAAAGAUGGUGAGAAGUUCUGGACAGCACCAAAAAAGCAAAAAGUCCCUGACCCAGGAAGAAAAGAGGAAAACUCUCUGCCUCCUAUUCAUGCUUCUAUCCGUCUGAUCCAUGGGAUUGAUAUCCCGAAGCUGUGCGGGAAGAGAAUCAUGUGGUGACUUGGCUGUGUGGUAGAAUUUAAAAAAAAAAAUCUGAUUGCGGACUAACAGGACAAAACCUACAUCUUACCGAUGAAAUGAUCUAGAACGUCACAGUCCUACAAGUGGAAAGUCGAGCAGUUUUGCUUAAAGGGGCAGUAUACUCCAAUUAUCACAUAAGUGCAUGUAACAGACAAUAUUAUAAAGAAUAAUAUGAACAGAUACUGAUGUAAAAAUCCAGCAUAAAACUUUUUAAAAACUUACUUAGAAGCUCCCAGUUUAGCUCUGUUGAUGAGGUUAGUCUGGGAAACCCACUGAAAGGGGCUGGAAAAACAAAACGAGCAAACAAUUCCCCCUUCGCUGCAUAUGAAAAGACAAAUAACAUAAACAGGAUCCUGCCGGAGUCUGUAAACGUGUGUAUACAUCUGACACUGUGGGGCUUGGUUAGAAGUCCGAAAAUCAGCACAAUGCUCUUAAAAAAAUAAGCAAAACUCACAUUGUAACACAUUGUUACAAAAACACUCCCAGAUUAACUAUAUAAAUUUAUCAUCUACAAAACAUUUAUACAAAGAAAAAUCUAGUGUACAAUGUCCCUUUAACCUUGUAACUGCUAGUAGAAUACAGUUUUCUCUACACUUAUUCUGCAAUGGCACUUUCA